AUGGGUGCUAGAGAGCAGCCCGCCCUGCUUGCACUAGAGGACAAAAAUAAAAGUCAAGGCUUUCUUGUGUUUCCAGAAAAGGACCCGAGUUUGACUGUCGUACUGAAGACUAAAAAAUCAAAACCACCGAAAGUGAAGAGUGACUCGAGUGACACUGACCGCAUGCUGCAUCGUGACCCGAGACUACGAGAUAAAGGAGCGAGAAAAUCUACACGUCGAUGUGGAGAGUGUAAUGCCUGUCACAAAACAGAGGAUUGCAGUCGGUGUGAUUUCUGUAAGGAUAUGAAGAAAUUUGGUGGACCAAAUAAAAUUCGUCAGAAAUGUCGGCUUCGCCAAUGUCUGAAUUUUGGUUUGAAUGCCAGUGUCACCAAGCUGGAGGCGGAAGCUGCGUUUACGUCAAUGAACGACUCGGAAAGAAAUGAAGGCCUUAUGGACGAUGACGAUUAUGAUUACAUGUCAGAAAAUGUUGUUCAGCCAAAAGCACGGAAACGGCGGUCGAGUUCUUCAGAUGCGAGUUCCCCAAGGAAGAAAAACAAGAAAGAUAAGAAACAGCACAAAGACAAACACAAACGUGACAAGGCGAGACACAGGCGCUCGCCUUCCAAGAAAGAGAAACUGCGAGAGAAGUUGAGUGUGACAAGUAAGAAGCGUUACGCGGAUGUGGAGGAUUUUGGCGACGCUGACGACGAAACACCACGACACUGCUGUGGUCCGGCGUGUGUUGAAGCGGCCAGGACUGGAUCGAAGUACUGCUCUGAUGAAUGUGGCAUGAAGCUCGCUAAAAGUCGUAUCUAUGAGAUCUUGCCUAGUCGGAUCCAGCAGUGGCAGAGCAGCCCGUGUGUGGCGGAGGAGGGCAACAAGAAGGUACUGGAGAAGAUUCGCCGCCAGCAGAUGGACGCGCGGAUCCAGCUGGGGGAACUCGAUAAGCGGCACCAGGCCCUCGACGCUCUCAUAGAGCGGGCCAAGCACGCCACCGUCGACCCCGAGCAACUGGGUGCGGAUACCGAUGACGACACCGAAUUCACAAUUUACUGUGUGACGUGUGGUGGCGAGAUUAACCAGAGGGGAGCGUUGAAACACAUGGAGAAGUGCUAUGCCAAGUUUGAAUCGCAGACAUCCUUUGGCUCCAUAUACAAGACUCACAUCGAGGGCACUUCCAUGUUCUGUGACUUCUACAAUGCCCAGCAGAAGACAUACUGCAAAAGACUAAAGGUUCUGUGUCCAGAGCAUACCAAGGAACCCAAGGUGAAUCCAGAUGAAGUUUGUGGUUGUCCGCUCGUUUCCCACGUGUUUGAGGAAACGGGCGAGUUCUGCGCUGCACCCAAACGAAAAUGUUCCAAACAUUACGUGUGGGAAAAGUUGAGGAGGGCUGAAAUUGACAUGGAGAGAGUACGACAGUGGCUGAGAAUUGACGAGUUGUUUGAACAGGAACGGAAUAUCCGCAUGUCCAUGUCGAACCGUAUGGGAGUUCUUGGUCUGAUGCUGCACCAAACCAUGGACCACGACCCACUGACGCCCAUGAUACCUCCACAACAGUCCAGUUAGCAUACACUGUAUAGACCAUAAUACCACAACAGUCCAGUUAGCAUACACUGUACAGACCAUGAUACCUCCACAAGUCCAGUUAGCAUACACUGUACAGACCAUGAUACCUCCACAAGUCCAGUUAGCAUACUGUACAGACCAUGAUACCUCCACAAGUCCAGUUAGCAUACACUGUACAUACCAUGAUACCUCCACAACAGUCCAGUGGUGUCAUGGUAGGCCAUCAGUCUACAGGCUGGUAGGUACUGGGUUUGGAUCCCAGUCGAGGCAUGGGAUUUGUAAUCCAGAUACCGACUCCAAACCCUGAGUGAGUGCUCCGCUAGG